AUGGGCGGGAAAUGGGGCGCGAUCUCGAAGCUGCACGCGUUCCCCAAGGCGGAGGACCACCUUACUCAGAAGACGCUGUCGGGCGCCAUCGUGACUCUUCUGGGCGUGGCGAUCAUGGUGGUGCUCUUCGCUCACGAGCUCUCGUUUGUGCUCACGCCUGAGGUGCAUGAGGAGAUGGCAGUGGACAAGACGCCAAGGGACGAGAAGCUCGAUGUGUAUCUCAACAUCUCCUUCCCCUCCCUGCCCUGCAACGUGAUCAGUCUCGAUGCGCUGGACAUGUCGGGCAACCAUGAGGUGGACAUUGCAACAAACAUGUACAAGAUUCGUCUGGACCGCCAUGGCCAGUUGGCAGACUCGCGGUGGCUCAAGGACCCCACAGGGGCAUGGCGACAGAGCAAGGGCAAGAAGCGCAAAGGACACACUCACGGAAAAUCUCCCACACCCCACCACGGGCAUGGGCAUGCACACGGGUACGGGCAGGCACACGUGGCAGGGGGGAAGAAGGGGAAGGCUGGGGAGGGGCAGCAGGAGGAGGAUGAGGAGGAGGAGGACGAGGAGGAGGCAGUGGGGCUGGAACAGAUGGUGCUGGAUGUGCAGAAAGCCAUGGCAGCAGGGGAGGGGUGUCAGCUGUACGGCCAUCUCGCAGUGGAGAGGGUGGCAGGCAACUUCCAUGUCUCGGUGCACGGCCAGUCGUACCUUGUGUUGCAGCAGGUCUUCUCAUCAGUGGGCGAUGUGAACGUCUCUCACGUCAUCCACUCCCUCGGUUUCGGAGUGCCUUAUCCCGGCCGCCUCAACCCUCUAGACGGAUUUGUCCGCAUCCUGCCGCCCCUCAAGGAGGGGGAGGACCCUGCCCGCUCCAGUGGCACUUUCAAAUACUUCCUCAAGGUGGUGCCCACGCGCUUCCGCUUCUGGCACGGAGGCUUUGUGAAGACGAACCAGUACUCUAUCAGUGAAUACUUCACUCCCUCCUCUCCACAGUCCAACGCACUGCCAGCGGUAUACUUCCUGUACGACCUAUCGCCCAUAGCAGUGAGCAUCACCGAGUCGCACCGCAGCUUCUUCCACUUCCUCACUCGCCUCUGCGCCGUGCUGGGCGGCACGUUCGCACUCACAGGUGUAUGGCUCACACAGUGGGUGGGGCUCACACAGUGGGUGGGGCUCGCAGGUGGGUGGGGCUCGCAGGUGGGUGGGGCUCGCAGGUGGGAAAGGCUCGGGUUUGAGUCGACUCAAACCUGUUAUCUUCCUGCCCUGGCCAUCCCGCCCCUCCCCCACGCAUGCUGGACCGCUAAGUGGGUGUACAGCCUGCUGCAGCUCAUCAACCGCCCUCGCCUGCACCUCGUGUCUCAUGCCAUCCUACCAACUAUCAUGUCCUUCUGUCCCUCUCUCUCGCCCUGCACCUCCCUCCCCUGGCCAUCACGUACCCCUCCAUCCCCACCCCCACCAGGCAUGCUGGAUCGCUGGGUGUACAGCCUGCUGCAGCUCAUUAACAGCCCCUCUCAUUCCAUUCUCCCUAGUCUCAUUGUCCUGCCACCUGCCCCUCUCUCCCGCCCUUUAUCUUUUCAUCCCCCACCAGGCAUGCUGGAUCGCUGGGUGUACAGCCUGCUGCAGCUCAUUCGCGUCUCUGCUCUCUCAUUCUAUUCUCCCAACUCUCAUGUAUUGCCACACCCUCUCUUUCACAUUUAUCUUUCCCACCCCCCUCACGCAUCCCGCCACCACGCAUGCUGGAUCGCUGGGUGUACAGCCUGCUGCAGCUCCUCAACCGCCCUCAACUGCAGCUCCCCUCUCAUGCCAUCCUACCAAGUUUCGUGUCCCCCUGUCCCUCUCUCUCGCCCUGCACCUCCCUGCUCCCGGCAACCCGUGCCGGUGCUCUAA